CUGUCACUGUCAACAAGAAUUUUGCGCCAGCGGCCGGAUUUUCAAUUUUGUUUUCCCAAUUUUGAAUUUCACAGAUUUUAAAAUGCAGUGCCUCUAGCAGUCUUCUGACACCUGACAUUAAAUAAUCAUAAACAUGUCUUUAGAAGAUACUGUGAGACAAACAUGUUCCAGUUUGCAAUCUAUCCGCUUAACAGAAAGAAGAAGAAGCGCAUUCACACUAAAAGAUUUCCUUACACAAAAUGCAGUGCCUGCGUUGCUUAGCAGCAACACUCGGAAGAAGUCUGGUUAUAGUUGGAAUCAUGUAUUUGAUGAUAUCCAUGAUUUUAUUAUAAAGGAGUCUGAAAAGCAUGAUUCGAAGAGUUUUGAUAAAGUUACUGUACCUCUUUGUACAACUCUAUUGCAUUCAUGUGUUGCUGGGGCUAAUAAAGGUCAAGCAUACAUUAAGUGUAAAAUAAUUAUGGACGCAUGUCUGCAUGUGCUGAGCAACAGACAAAUGAGGGAUGCUAUGGGAGAUGCAUAUUUAAGUUUACUGUACAAACAUGUUUUGCCCGUUGAUCACUAUCUGGGUUUUAUAGCACCAGCUGUUUGGGAGAAGUUAUUAGAUAUUGCCAUGACCGUAUGUCUUUCUAAUCGUACUUUGGACGAUCUAAUCAAAAUAAGACUCCUGUGGCUGGUUGUAAAGAACGCCAUUGCUUAUUGCCAUUUCACAAAUACCCUGCGGGACUCGUUGUCGACGCUCAAGAAAUGCUGUAACAUAGUGCUACUUGACAAAAGAGUGCAAGAGUUUGUUAUUAAAAUUGUGAUUGCAGUACUAGAAACGCUAUCUACAGAAAUUCGCCUAACAAUGUGUGAAUUCAGUGAAAGUAUUUUACCAUCGCUACUGAAACUUUACGAACCAAGUAUGGAGGAGAAAAACAAGUCUUUGCUAUUUAAGCUGUUCAAAACUGCAAUAGCAAUCCAUCAUCCCGGAGGCAGAUUACAAGAUUCAAAUGGCACUUUAGCUUUUAAUUGGGACGUAUGGAACAAGCAUUUGCACAGCAUGUUGGAAAUUGUCCAUUUAGAAGUCAGUUGCGUACAGAAAAUGCGGAAAAAGAACGAAAACACGAUGAACUGCGAGUACUUUCAUCAUGUUGCUGCUUCGACCUUUUAUCAGAUUUUUAAUUAUACACCAAAAAAAGAGAACGAAGAUGAGCCAGUACCUGCCGCAAAAAAGCUGAGAUUAUAUUCUAACACAAGUAAAUCAUUUAAUGAUCUUAUUGAAGAUCACCUUCGGGAUAACCCUGUUCCAUGGGCUGGAGUGAUACAAAUGUACGUAAAACAUUUCGGUCAAUCUAUCACGUAUAUCCAAUAUUUAUCGCUGUUAAGUGUUCUAGAGAAAACUAUAUCAGAUACUAAAAAACAAGUGAACUGGGAACGAUUAGAUGAGUUAACUUGUUUGACGAUAAAAAAUAUGUUGUCCUUAUCCCGCUCAGAUGAUGUCGAUUGUGGAAAUAACAGUGUUUUUCUACCCCUGUGGAAUACAUGUGUAAGAAAUGCUGCAGUCACCAGUGCAGCACAAAAAGCCAUACAUUCAGUUUUGCAAAUAAUUCUACAUUUAGUACCAUUGAAAUAUGAAAACGUGAAACCCUUACUAGUCCCGUACAUUGAAAAAGGGAUGCCAGUAAAUGAUCAUACUUUAAUAACACUGGAUUGUUUAUUCCACAAAUUCUACAGGAAGUCGUGCUAUACAGACAUAAGGGAAAAAUGUUUUGCAUGGUUACAACAUGGAAGUAUAACUUCUUUAGAUAUAUCGAAUUUAAAUUCAUUUUUGUUAAGGCUUUUGAUAAACGAUAAUUUACCCCUGAAACCAAACUGUGAUAUUUUAAACCACAAUAACGUUUAUAAGGUUUUGUUUAAUACCACCGAUGAUAGUAUAUUGUAUAGCGAUUUCGAAUAUAAGAUUACUGAAAAAGCAGAGGUCGCCACCGAAAAUGAUAUAGAGAGUUUUGAAAUUAAUUCUGUCAUGUAUAAUGUGGUGCGGGUAUACUUUGAAAAAAUCCUGUCUGAAAACACAUUAAAGUUAGAAGCAAAUGAACUAAAGUUAAUAGACUAUAUCAAAUAUAUAGAAAUUAUUAUUAUAUUUUUCGAUGCAUUACUAAAGUACAAAUUUAAAAUAAGCACUGAAGUAAAGGAAAUGUCACUUUAUACUAAAUUUCAAAUCGCCUUAAAAAUCUUAUACGAAACACUAACACGAACUUUAAAAAGUGAUCUACAAAUACGAGACAAAGUUUUAAUUUUGAAAGGUGUUCAAGAUAUGCUUUUAAAGGAAUACGAUCCGAUAUUAAAUGUCGAAAUUCGUUCUCACAUCCGAGAGAGUUGCUUUCACUGUCUUAACGACAUUAUAAAGCAAAAUAUAAACUUGGAAGAUGAUUAUUUUGAAGAAAGUGAAUCCGAAUUUAAUAUAAUUGGAUUAAAACAGAAUUGUAUUUAUGUUUUGGCAGCAUAUUGCAGAAAACAUUGCAGUUACACAGAUGAGGUUCUUAAGUGUGUUCUUGACAGGGAUUUGUACAGAUUUACCACAAACUUUGAAUAUGCCUUCCAUUGUAUUAAGAUUUUAAAUGAUUCAACAGUGGAACAACCACCUUUAGAACUGAUAUUUGGCUUGAUGCAAAAUAUGUGCAAGGAAUUGUUCAGAAAUCCAAAAAUCACACGACGUUUGCUUGAAAUACUUUCUGGAAUGCUCGAGCGAAUAUGGAGUCAGAAUGACGAUAUAAUCCGACAGAAUUGCAUUAUAAUGAUAAAAAGCUAUCUCCAACGAUGCUCCGAGAACUAUUAUCCACCAAAUGUUGCCGCUUUAGUUUACGAAUGUUUGGCAAAAGUUAUCCUAUUGAAUGAUACAGAUGAGCUGGAUAUCAAGGAUUCCUUUAAACAGGCACUAUUAACAAAAAUAGUGGAAAAUAGUGAGCACAAAAUUAGAUUGUACUGUUCCCAUCUCCUGAGCAUAAUAGGGAAUAAUUUUACCGACUCCGAUAUAUACCUACUGUCGGAGAAUUUGUUGGACAUAUUUAUUAUUAACGUAGCUGAAAAAGUUGAAAAUAAUGAGACGAUACUGAGGGACGAAAAAGUUAACAGAGCAGCAACAGUUUUGCAUACUUUCUUCGUAAUAGGCACAACAAAAAAGUCGGCAAUACACAAAAUAAUGUUAAAAGUACUAAAAUUUCAAAAUGAAAAACCGAUGGAAGCUCAUAUGGUCAAAAAAGUUCUAAACAUGCUAACCGAAGUUGUUACAGAUCAAAGUAUUGAAGUAUAUAUGAAAAACAAUGUAUUGACAAUACUGCAUUAUUGGUUUAAAGAGAAUAUUGGCUUUAAAAAAUUGCCGCUAUAUUUGUUUGGUGUUGCCGACAUGGCUGGCCUGUUAGCAAAUCAUGUAAAUUGGCUCGUCCCUGCCGAUAUUCUUUGGAGCCAUAACGGGAUAGUGGCCGAUAGUAAUGUUCUAAAAUAUGUAACAGAGACAACUUCAGUGUCUGCUGAAGAAAUAAUUGAGGCAUGCUUUUGCAACAUUAUCGCCUUGUGCUUACCUCACGUUGUCAUUGAAAAGUACAAACUCGAAGACGCGAAACAUUUCAGCCCGAGAGAAACGGCAAAUGCCACCAGAAUGUUUCAACUAACGAGUAAGAUUCUAAAGAAUGACAAAUGGAGUAAUUUGUUCGCUGAAAAUUUAGGUGAAAUAAUGCUGAUAUCAGCUACGCAUGUGAGGGAUUAUGUUGGUGCUUCCGAACUUUUCGGCGUGCCGCUUGUUGAUAAUGAUGACCCUUUUACAUAUUCUCCAAACGUGUUUUCGGCUAUACUCAAAUAUUUUGGGGAACUUAUCAAUGAAAACAUCAUGCAGUAUAUGUGCGAAAACCAACCAUUGAUUAUUUUAAAUAUUCUGUUUAAACUGUGGAACAAUACGUUGCAUGAGCAAGUUUUCGAGUUCAAAGUCUUACAUCUUCACGCUUACGUCUCUUUCAUCAAAAAUAUUCCCUUGGGGCAUACGACGGAUGCCAUUUUAUGCAGUUUGGCCUGUGACAGCAUCGCUCAUGGCAUCAAAGGAUCAAAGAGUAAAGAAGUGAUCAAAAUAUUCGUUGAUGCACUGAUGAUGGUAAUUACGAAAAUUUUAACCGAAUCGCCUAAAAGUGUCGAUAAUAUUCAAACGUCGGUUCUGCCUAAAAUUGUCUCCAUAUUAACCAUCAAAACCGAGGAAGGAUUCGUAUCAGAAUGUAGCUCUUUACUGAAACACCUGAUAGAGGAUAUGAAGAAUUAUUUGGCUGGGAGCGUGGAUGUCGUCGAUUUCGUUAACUUUGUAACUGAAUAUAAAGAAGAAAGUUAUCCCAGCUCUUCAAGAAUCGAUUUUGAGCAUAAACUUAAAACUUUUACACUGCAUUUGUCUAACCCAAGCCACGACACGCUUUCAAGGAUGUAUCGUUUUUUGAAACAAAACAGAGAAUAUGUGAAAGAACUUUACGCAGAUAUAAAUAGAAACGGUUUUUCUGAAAUUUGUCAAACUAGUUUAGUACAUCAAGUUAUUCUUUGUUUGAAUAACAUCCUAAAAAAUGCUACUGAGGAGAAGAUCAUAAUCGACGCCUGUAACUGCUUAGCAGAAAUCGGUACUUAUGACAUUAAAACGCUCGUGACGGUACCACCCAUGGACACAACAAAAAUUUCAAACUUGAAUCCUAAGCAGUAUUUUGUGCAAGCAGUGAUAUCGUGCCUCAUGGAGCACCUUUUUAACGAGGAUCCAACCGUGAGCAAUAAGGUCACCAAAGCUUUGUGUUGGAUUUUGAAAAUCCGCGAUGGACAAGCAGCUUUAGAGCUCAUGGAUGCCAACACAGAAAUCUUGCAAUUUCUCGUAACACCGAACUGCGAAAAUUUUGUUGAUUACAAAAUUAAUAAUGUUAAAUUUGAUACAUGCAAGUCAAUUGAUUAUUGGAUACCGAUCAAUAACGAAAAUCACUCUCAGUGGGUGAUUCGUAUAACUAUGGCCUUACUGGAUCUAUUAGGGUCCAGUGCAAAUUUUAUUAAUUUUCUGCGAGCUGUUUGUGUCCUAAAGCCGACAAUCUGUGGACAAAUUUUGCCCGCUCUAAUGGGUUUAGUACUUGACUGUGCCACCGACACGCACGUGGAAGUAUUCGAAAAGCAAAUUAAUGAAGUCUUCAAGUACAUUUGGGACUUGAGCUUCAAUGACAGUUUCGACAGCAGCGAAAUUGACGGCGGUUCCAAAGUAUCUACUAAAAUAAACCACGACCAGAAGAUGAUUGUUCAGAACUUGUUGGAUGUAGUGGAUUUUCUACGUAUGCAGAGAAAUCAUUAUAAAUCAAACACAAGAGGGCGUACAACAGAUACUCUAAACUAUUUGAAUCUCGAUUAUUUGUGGGUGUCCUGGGGCGCUGCGGUGACUGAGCGCAAUCUAGCGGCUUUAUACUACGGGGAAUUAUGGGCCUCUGCUAAAAACGGCAACGUGCCACCGUCCUCACCCGAGGCCACUACUGCGCUACAGAACGGGGAACAUGUGCAACAAAUAUUCAGAAGGUGUUUCGUAUCGAUAGGUGAAAUGGACGCAAUAGACGGUUGCGGUAACGCUCACUUAACGAGCGAACGCGAAAAACGCAAACACCUCAUUCACACAGGGCAGUUCUCCGAUGCACUAUUUAUGCACGAUAUUGCCCUGUCACGGGGAGCUCCCGACGAAGAUAUCCUGUAUGGGACAAUUACUUCACUCCACAAAUCGGGCAUGCAUCACCUCGCUUUGCGAUAUAUUAAAUCUUAUCCGGAGAAUGAGGAAUUGGACGAUGUUAAGUACGACUGUUUAUCUUAUCUAGGCGAUUGGAGUGGGAUCGUUGACACACAAGAGUUGGAAGAAAAAUCUAUAAGAGAACUUUGCAGGCAAGAUCCUAUAAUAAAAGCGAUACGUUACGCGUGCCUAAAAGAUUGCAUGAAUUUGCGAACGACCAUAGAAGCGGAAACGAAACUCGAAAAGUCUUUGAACAGAGCCAAACUGGCCACUGCGAGGUUGUGUCAGAGCCUAAACAUGGAAAACUGUCAAAACGUGUACCGAAUCGUGUCAAAUUUGCAUUUGUUUCGCGAUAUUGAGACCUAUUUUUCUGUCAGAUGCGGUAAAAUGACUAUACCAGUACUUUUGAAUGAGUGGAGAAUUGAGAAUCUCCCAACAUUUAACGAUUUUAAUCACCUCGAAGCCUUAAUUUCACAAAGGAGCUUGAUGCUGGAGCAUAUUUCCAAAAAUGAUUAUUCAUCUUUGCCCAAGGUUGACGACUUGCAAUUACAAUAUGCGGAAUUCGGCCUGUCAAAUGAAAGGAUUCAAAUGGCGCAGCGACUGGUAGCGGCCGUGAAGCAUGACGAGACGACGAGCCAAGUUGCUCUAUUAGAGAGCCAAAUAUCGUGGGCUAAAGGACAUAAGGACAUAGCGCUGUCUUUGCUUAGUGAGAUUGUGAAGGAAUCCGAAAAUCAGCGGCUGAAUGCGAUGUCGUUACGGCAAUACGGCCUAUGGAUGGCGGAAUGCAAACGUGAGAACGGCAAAGACAUUAUACACAAGUAUUUGGAAAACAGUCUAACGACAUUGAGCACCAGUGACGACUUGGCGAUAAGGCUCAAAAUUUACUCCGACAUUGCUAAAUUUGCAGACGCAGAAUACACACAGGUAGUUGAUUAUAUGAACUCGUCCGUUUUCGAGAAUAAAGUGAAAUGUAUGGAAAACAUGGAGGACACAGCAGCGUCAUUGGUGCAGUCACAAAACAAUCUGACAAGGGACGAAAAGAAGGCAUUAAUGACAAGCAAUGCAUUUAGUCGACUUGACAAAGCAGAAAUCGACAAUACAAGGGCUGAAAAAGAAAGCGCUCUGAAGUUGGCUAUGAGGUACUACCUAUUAUCUCUAUCGCAGUGCGAUGAAAGUAAUUUGUCGGUAUUCCGAGUGAUAUCUUUAUGGGUGGACAACCCUGGCCUCAAGUUAGAAGAAAGAGAUGCGGACAGCGGUUCCCUCGGAAAACUCCUGCACGCUAUCCCUUCUUGGAAGUUCAUUACAGUCCUACCACAGCUUGCUCCCAGAUUGACAAACGAAAAUACCUCAUUUGAUCGCCAUUUAAAACAAAUUAUAAAAACAUGUGCGAUCCAGCAUCCGCAUCACACGCUCCCGAUUCUUUUCAACCUGAAAAACUCUGACAAGGACCAGAACAUUCGCAACGCAGGUGAAAGUUCGCAAGCAAGCUCUCAAGAGCCGCGCAUACUUGCGGCCACUGCGCUUAUUCGCGAGGUGGCCUCUGAGAGUGAGGAGUUAGCCAGGAUUGUUGCGCAAAUGGACCUCAUCUGUGAUGCUACAAUAAAGUUUGCGUACUACGUGCCGGAAUCCAAGGACACAAGGCCGCAAAACAUACCGAGGUCUCAAUCUUUAUCCCAUCUUCGCGACCUCAACGCCAUACCGAUUCCCACUGACAAUAUUCCCAUUCGUAAGGACCUUGACUACUCCAAGCUAAGCACUCUGUUGUCAUUUGAUAAACAUUUCGAGCUGGUUGGAGGUAUCAAUUAUCCGAAGAAAAUAUCAUGUCUAAGUUCUGACGGAAAAAAGAGAAUCUUGCUCGUAAAGGGAGAGGAUGACCUAAGGCAAGAUGCGGUGAUGCAGCAAGUGUUCAAUAUCGUGAACUCUUUACUGGAGAACAAUCCUAUCACGUACAGGAAUAAAUUGCUUAUUCGUACUUACAAGGUUGUCCCAAUGUCUCGUCGUUCCGGAGUGUUGGAGUGGUGCGUGGGAACUAUGCCUAUAGGAGCCUACCUUGGCACUGCCCAUCCAAAGUACAGGCCUCAGGACAUCACACCGUCAGCGGCGCGAUUGAAGCUAAAAGAUUGCCACGACAACAAAAGGCCCACGAAACGUAAGCUCGAAGUGUUCAACGCCAUACUGAAAGUGUUCAGGCCCGUGUUCCACUACUUCUUCACGGAGCACUACCUCGAUACUGUCACGUGGUAUGAACGACGACUCGCUUACACCAGAAGCGUUGCAACAUCAUCUAUGGUGGGAUAUAUAUUGGGAUUAGGCGAUAGACAUGUACAGAAUAUUCUUAUUGACAAGACCACCGCGGAAGUUAUACAUAUUGAUUUUGGCAUUGCGUUUGACCAAGGCAAAGUGUUGCCAACGCCAGAGACUAUUCCGUUCCGUUUGACACAAGACAUCGUUGCCGGCUUCGGAUCAAGUGGCGUGGAGGGGAACUUCAGAAGGUGCUGUGAAAAAACUUUGCAGUUACUUCGCGACAAUCAGGACACUUUGCUCACGAUUUUGGAAGUUUUGCUGUGCGACCCGCUGUACCUGUGGAUAGUGUCCACCUCUACCAAAGCGAAGGCCACCAAUGCGCGAAGUAAGCUCGCACUUGGUGGCAAAGCAGCAAAAGGCGCAGCGGCAAGCGUCACCAAAGCGAGUGGGGCUGAAGGCGACGGAGCGGGCGGGCUGGCGGCGCGCGCUUUGCUCGCGGUGCGCUGCAAGCUGUGCGGCGCGGAGGGCGGCGCGGCGGGCGGCGUGUCCGUGCAGGGCCACGUGGCGCGCCUCAUACACCAGGCCACGGACCCCGCCAACCUGUGCCGGCUCUUCCACGGGUGGCAGCCCUACUUGUGAUUCGAGAACUUU